CGCAGAGUUCAAACGCGCGACGGGCGCUCCGAACAGUAGACGAUAAAGAAGAAUCGCAACGCGUGGGUAGGCGAGGGCGAGUGCAGUGUGCAGUGCGUGCGGUUCGUGUGUCGCUGAAAGCUCGGGCUGCGAAGCCUCCGAGAGCGGCGGCGGCGGCGAGCGCCCGCCUCGCGUCAGUGCCGGCCCGGCCGUGCCGUAGACAUCACGCUCCGCAAUAUACUGUUGGCUGCUGGACAGUGACACACACUCUUAGCGAAUCCUCUGCUACUGAUUGCGAGCCGCCUACAGAAGUGACCGCGGAAUUCUUGCUAUUAGAAGUGAGACGGCAGGCGGCAGAUGGAUCAGAGGCGCGCGGCAGCGGCGCUGCUUGCGCUUGCCGCUUGCAUCGCGUGCUCUGCAGCAGCACCGACGGCUACCAACCACACUGCGUUAGAGUUACAUGAAGGUCCUGUAGAAGGAUGCUACUACAAUUUCCAGCACUACGGCCAGGGCGACCGAAUCAUGACGAACGAACCUUGUCUUAACUGCACCUGUCACAACCGAAUGCUAAUGUGCUACUUGAGGGUCUGCCCAUUCACGAAAGCUAUUGGGCAGGACUGUACGGUGGAGAAACGAGCGGAUCAAUGCUGCCCCAUUGUGACCUGCCCUGACGUUCCAGUUGACCUGCUCACUUCAACUUCAACAUCUUCACCAGCUGAAUAUGGAGCAACUGGCCUUGGCAAAUUAGACAAAUACGGGUGCAGUAUCCAUGGGAAAUAUUUCCCAGAAGGAUCUAAAGUGCCACCGACACCGAACAAACCAUGUGAACACUGUUACUGCAUCCGUAAUAUGACAACAUGUGUAAUGCAAGAAUGUACACUUCACGUUGAUGGAUGCACUCCUAUUUAUCAUAAAGAUGUGUGUUGUCCGGUUCGAUAUUCUUGUGAUCACCCUGAAGAUGAAACUCUUCUUUUGGAUGAUAUGACAACGACGGUGCGUCCAACUCCAGGAUUCUUAUUAACGACUACAACUAUAUCUCCUGUAACUCAAAUGUCACAAGACUGUGUACAUGAUGAUCAAAUAUUCCCAGAUGGAGCUCUGAUAAAAACUGAAAAAGCUUGUGAACAUUGUUACUGUAUGAAAGGAGACAUUGUUUGUGUUGUCCAAGAAUGUGGUACUCCGAUGGAAAAUAAAGGCAAAAAUUGUACUUCUUUGCCUCCACGUCACGGUCAGUGCUGUCCAGAUACAUAUAUUUGUGAAGGAGAUGAACGUGUGCCUGAUUCAACUACCGAUAUUCCUGAAAUAACUUCAACACCACCGAGAAGAACUGGCGUUGAAGGAAGUGGUUAUAGGAAUGAACCUGAUGAACCUUUUACAGAAACAACUCAUAUAACUAAUGAAAUAGAAGGCAGUGGCGAAGAUUUUACAACCAUUUCUUAUGUGGGAGAUAUCGUUACUCCAGAAAAAGAGAGCCCUGGAAUAAUUAAUGAAUCGACAUCAGCUACAACAGAGACUAAUAUACAGUUAGGUCAAAGUACAGAACCAGAUAAAGGUCAAAAUACAAUCCCUGAUUCAAUUGUAGAUAAGGAAACAACUCAAGAAGCAACACCAGAUAAAGUAACACUUUCAAGUCCAGAAUACAUUCUAACGACUUCUGGAGGUCUCACAAGUGAAAUAGAUGUAACUCCUCAAAAAGAUGAAGUUAGUACAACUGAGUCAGUAUUCAGAGUUGACGAUGAAACCAUUUCAGACGAAACUUUAACUCCAAAAGAUCAUGAAACCGUAACUACAGAAUUUACUGACUUAUUGGGUAAAACUACUUUAGCAGAUGAACACGUAUCCCAUACAAGCCCUAAAAAUAUUGAAUUAGACGAAAAAGCAACCACUUUACCAACAGGGUAUUCUAACAAAGUGGAAGAACCAACACAACAUGAAGAAAUAAGUACAGAAAAUUUAUUAUCUUCUAUUGUAACUGAGUCAAAUAAAUUUACUGAUGUAUUACAGACAUCGACCAAAUCCGAUAUCUGGAUCGACUCAACAAACUUAGUCGUUACGGAAAGUACACCUGUAGAUCCAAAUAUCAAUGAAGUAGAUGAUGGUAAUAACACACCUAUUUCAUCACCUAGCAGGAUACCUGGCGAGGGCGAUUGCCUCUUAAAUGGCAUCACCUACAUUAACAAUACAAGUGUGCCCAGCACGAAUAAUUGCCACAUAGGUUGCAAAUGCAUCAGUAGCAUUAUUAAAUGUGACCCUAUAAUCUGUAGUCCACCACCAGAGUAUAUAGAAAAUAUGAAUGAUUGUCAAAUCGUGUACGAUACUCCGAACUCUUGUUGCCCAACUUAUGUAUGCAGUGUAAAAGAAACAAUACCGCCAGAAUCACACAGUCACAUGUCAGGAACUAAUAGUCCCAAGCCAACAGCAAUUGAAUGUAAUGGCGAUGACUGCAUAGAUAGUUCAGAUAAAUUAUUACCUGUGUUACCUUGUGAAGGGGAUAACUGUAAGACAGAGACAACAAAAGAUAUAGUCGAUGAAAAAGACACAGAAUCCAUAAAAUCUCCUGCAACGGAAGGAACAUUACCUGCGGUAACUUGUGAAGGUGAUAACUGUAAGAAAGAAAUACCAAAAGACGCUGAACGUGAAAAAGACAUAGAAUCUACAAAAGCUCCAGCAACACAGGAGGAAUGUCAAUCAGGCGACUGUAAAGAUCUAGUUGUAACAAGUCCAUCCAUACCUUCUCAAGAUUGUUCUGACGGAAAAUGUGAAGCAUUACCUGUGAUUCCAUGUGAGGGUGAUAAUUGUAAGACAGAGACACAAAAGGGCACAACAACUGAAAUAUACACAGAAUACACACAAACUACUGCAACGGAAGAAACAUUACUUGAGGUAACCUGUCAAGGUGAUAACUGUAAGAAAGAGUUACCAAAAGACGCUGAAUCUGAAAAAGACAUAGAAUCCACAAAAGCUCCAGCAAAACAGGAGGAGUGUCAAUCAGAUAACUGUAAAGAUCAAGUUGUAACAAGUCCAUCCAUACCUUCCCAAGAUUGUUCUGACGGAAAAUGUGAAGCAUUACCUGUGAUUCCAUGUGAGGGUGAUAAUUGUAAGACAGAGACACAAAAAGACACAACACCUGAAAGAGACACAGAAUACACAAAAACUCCUGCAACAGAAGAAACUUUACCUGAGGUAUCCUGUGAAGGUGAUAAUUGUAAGAAAGAAAUACCAAAAGACGCUGAACCUGAAAAAGACGUGGAAUCCACAAAAGCUCCAGCAACACAGGAGGAAUGUCAAUCAGGCGACUGUAAAGAUCAAGUUGUAACAAGUCCAUCCAUACCUUCUCAAGAUUGUCCUGACGGAAAAUGUGAAGCAUUACCUGUGAUUCCAUGUGAGGGUGAUAAUUGUAAGACAGAGACACAAAAAGACACAACACCUGAAAGGGACACAGAAUACAUAAAAGCUCCUGCAACAGAAGAAACUUUACCUGAGGUAUCCUGUGAAGGUGAUAACUGUAAGAAGGAGAUACAAAAAGACGCUGAACCUGAAAAAGACAUGGAACCCACAAAAGUUCCAGCAACACAGGAGGAAUGUCAAUCAGGCGACUGUAAAGAUCAAGUUGUAACAAGUCCAUCCAUACCUUCUCAAGAUUGUCCUGACGGAAAAUGUGAAGCAUUACCUGUGAUUCCAUGUGAGGGUGAUAAUUGUAAGACAGAGACACAAAAAGACACAACACCUGAAAGGGACACAGAAUACACAAAAGCUCCUGCAACAGAAGAAACUUUACCUGAGGUAUCCUGUGAAGGUGAUAACUGUAAGAAGGAGAUACAAAAAGACGCUGAACCGGAAAAAGACAUGGAAUCCACAAAAGCUCCAGCAACACAGGAGGAAUGUCAAUCAAGUGACUGUAAAGAUCAAGUUGUAACAAGUCCAUCCAUACCGUCCCAAGAUUGUUCUGACGGAAAAUGUGAAGCAUCACCUGUGAUUCCAUGUGAAGGUGAUAAUUGUAAGACAGAUACACAAAAAGACAUAACACCUGAAAGAGACACAGAAUACACAAAAACUCCUGCAACAGAAGAAAUUUUACCUGAGGUAUCCUGUGAAGGUGAUAACUGUAAGAAGGAGAUAGAAAAAGACGCUAAACCUGAAAAAGACAUGGAAUCCACAAAAGCUCCAGCAACACAUGAGGAAUGUCAAUCAAGUGACUGUAAAGAUCAAGUUGUAACAAGUCCAUCCAUACCUUCCCAAGAUUGUUCUGACGGAAAAUGUGCAACAUCACCUGUAAUACCGUGUGAGGGUGAUAAUUGUGAAAGCGAUUUUGUACGAGAAGGAGAAAAUAUACCACCUAAAUGUUCAGAACCUGAUUGUAAGCUACCCUAUGAGCCAACUGCACACACUGAACAAGCAUCUGAAGUGGUGACUGAAGCAACCACUGUAAGUGAUAUUAUAGUCCAAAAGACAGAAACUAUAGAUUCACAUAUACCAACAACAACCAAAGAAUCUCCUGAAAAUCUAUCUACAACAUAUGUACAAAUUGUUACUGAACCUACUGAGCAACAUUAUGCUGAUAAAGAAUCCCUCCAUACAAAUAUUCCAAUGAGUCAUACUGCUACUGAAACAUCUGAAGAACUUGUAACUAAAACAGAUACCUUCCGAACAGAAUCUCCGAAGUUGCCAGUCGCAAUUACAACAGAAUCGCAUAGUAUUUAUGAUCAUACUGAAAGAGAACAGCAACAAGAAGAAUAUCCAGUAAUAGGAACUGAAGAAUCUAUCAGUGAAGAGAAAGAUAAGGCAUCAACUACUAAACCUCAUAUAUAUACUGAUUUACUUGAAAACACAUUAGCUGAGGAUCACACAAAAUCAUCUCAAAUUACUGUCACUGAAUCUUACACUACUUUAAUAGAUACACCAAAACUAGUAACUGAGCAAGAUGGAAGUAAAACUGAAUCGCCUAAAAUUAUUGAAAAGGAAGAAAAUGAAACAAAGUCACCUGAAAUAUUUGAAUCUGAAAAGGAAAACACUUAUUCUGAAACUACCAAAGCAUCAUUAACUGAAAUAGGAGCUACUGAAGCUACACUUCCCGUUACGGGCAGUGAAUUACCCGAAGUAUCAGUCUCAACUGAAAAGGAUAUACAACAGACUGAAUUAACUGAAACAUUUACUGACCGUGAAGAUGUUGAAACUCCAGAAAAACAUGUUACAGAUAAGGAAGUGAUUGAAUCUGAAACCGAAAAAGUAACAGUUAAAGACAUAGAGGAAGUUCAAACAGAAAUCCCAAAAAUAAUAAAACCUGGAGACGAUGCAACCCCAACCGAAUCUAUAGAAAAACUUGACAAUGAAUCGCAAACAACUCAAAGUUGGACUCCAGAGGCCACAGUAUCAACAAAAGCUACAUCUGAGAUGGAUAAUGAAGAACCCAUGGUAACAGAAGUAAUUGAAACUAAAGUUACAGACUCUUCAGUUACUACUAAACAAGACGAUCAUUUAGGUGCUAUAGAUUUAGCAACAGAAAAACAAUUCAUUGAAGUAAGCACUCCAGGUCAGCAUGAAAUAAAAGUAGAGCAAACCACUACCAAUGAAUUUGACCAAACAUUUGUAAAAGUUCAACCAACUGUGAGUGUAGAUACAGAAACUGAUGAAAAAGAAUUAGAUUAUGUUACCAAAGACUCAAAUCCCGAACAAGAGAAUAUUACUGAGAAACCUGAAUCAAGUGGUGAACAAAUCGAUGACAAAUUCCAUGAACCAAAACCAGUACAACCAGAGGACCAAUCUGUAAAUGAUGUUACUGAAAUCGGUACUGAGCAUACCGAAAUUUAUCCUCCAUUUGAAGGUGUAACUGAACAUAUACCGACUGAUACUAAGACGGAUAAAGUUACAGAAAGUGAAAUCGAUAAUGUAACAUAUCCUACAUUACAGGAAACUACAGGUGACUUGACAACGAAAGAAUCUCAUGAAUUAACCACGGAAGGAGGCGAAAUAUCUAAAACAACGGACAUUCAAACUAAGUUAACAGAGAAGGAAGUUACUACUGAUAAAGAUUUUCUUUAUACGCCAAGACCUGGAGAAUAUGAAACGAAAUCUGUUGAUAACGUAUCACAUGUAGAGCAGUAUGCUACAAGCAGUCCAGUACUUGAUACAACAAAACCAGAUACAUUAGCGACACAAGAUAUUAUGCUCGAAACGUCAACAUUGCAAGAUGCAGUAGAUAAGGACAAGGAAAGCUCAAUCACAGACACAGAGCCAACAUUACAACCUACACAUGAUAGUACUGACGAACAAGAAAAGUACACAAAAACUCCUGAAACGUAUUUAACAUCACAUGAAAAAGAUGAAUAUACAAAACUUCCUGAACAAUAUACGACAUUAGCAGAGCAAGUAGCAACGGAAAAGAACACUGAAACACCUUACGUAGAAAUCUUAGAUACAGAUAAACAAGUAAAUGAGAAAGACACACAAAUUCAUCACACUACUCUCAAAAAUAUUGAAGAAUUAACAACUACAGAGGGUACUAAGUUUGUCACAGUAACUCCAGACAAGUUUGCUUCUGAGCCACAACAAGCCUUCACUGAUCAGAAACUAGAUACAGAAACUAAGGAAACAAUGACAUCUACUUAUUCUGUAGAUUUUGUAACCGAAGUAAGUAAAACUCACUCGGAAUAUCCAAUGGCUACCGAAGAAAUACAACAAGAAAUAGCUACUAAGACACCAGAACAACAGAUAUCUCUGGAAUCUCACAAAGAUGAAGAAGAGGACAAAUUAACUACACAGUCAACAUAUAAAGACGAAGUGCCUACAGAUCAGCACCAAACUGAAGAAACUACAAAAGCCGUUACUGAUUUAGGAACAAGUUUUGACUCGAUUGAAGAAGAUGAAAGAGACAAACAAACUUCAACUCAAUACCAAACUACUCAAAGCACUGAUGAACGUGAAUCGCAACCAACAUCAUCAUUUACAAAAGCGCCUGAGCCUGAUAUUACAACUGUCAAAUACCCAGUUACUAAGGAAAGGGAAACAGAGACACCAUAUGAAACUGAAAAAGAAAGUCCAAAACCACUAGAUGAACAACCAUCUGAUACCACAGAAGAUUCUAUUUCGCGCGUUUCUUAUUUGCCCGAACAUACUGAUGCUAUAGAUUCAUUCACUACCCAAUCAGCUUCACAAAUACCACUAGAAGUUUCUACAGAAAAGACUUUAAUGACCGAUGAGACUGAUAAAAAUAUGUAUGACUAUAAAGAAAUCACUACUAGUAGUACAUCAGAUAUUAAAGACAGAGUAACAACUGAACCUCAGAUAUCGUUUACUGAUUCAGAGGAACAACUGCCUACUGUCGUGUCAGACAAUACAGAAUCUCAAAAAGAACAAGAACCUGACAAUGAUGGACUCCUUACAACAUCUUCAAGUGUUCAACCGGAAGACAUUAAAAAGAUUACUGAAGUUCCUAUGUCACUAGUUACCCACAUUGAUCAUGCUCAAUCAUUACCAACUACAUUGCCAGAUAAAAGUGAUAUAACCGAACAAUCAUCUAAAACUAGUGUAGAACAAAAAUUGGUUGAUGGGGAAACACAAACAACUUUGCCCGAAAUGUAUAUUACUGAACUUCCAAAAGAAGCAACAAAAUCUCCUGAUGAUGUCAUCACACAAAAACAACAGGAAACCGAAAGUUCUUCAGAACUAAAUACCAGUGAUGAUAAAGUAGAAAUAACCACUACAUAUGUUAUGGAUGACAAGCACAAGUUGCAUCAAGAAACAACAACAGUUCCUAGCCAACAGUUAGACUUAUCUACAGAUAUUCCUACCACUGAAACAUUGAUUAAUGUGUCUAUACAAAAAACAGAAGAUACACCAUCUUCAGCAACGGAAGAAGUAAUAACUGAUUCUGAAUCACCUAAAAUUACAACUAUAUCAUCACCAACGGAUAAGGAAGCUGACCUCUCUCACGACCAAGAAUCUACCGAAGCGAAACCUAUUGACAAAACAGUGACCGAAUUACCUCAUGUAACUCAAACUGUACGUGAAGAUAUUACAAUAAAAACUCCAUCAAUAAUGGAAGAAAAUGUAAAUGAAAGUAUAACUACCUCAGUUCCAUCUGAAGAAUAUGUAACAAAACUUCCCGAAGUACAAGACAUGCAUACCAUUCCAUUGAAAAUGGAUACUACGGAAGACAAAUCAAUAGAAAGAACUGAAAUUCCAAAAAUAACCACAGAAGAAGAAUCUGAAGUCGCUACAUCAGUAUAUAAACCUAGUGUAUCUGAGCUAACUGAACGGCCAUCAGUUGUUGUAACAGACAAUAUUAUUAAUGAAAAAGAUGAUAAAGCAACUGAAGUUACAAUACCUUCCAUUGACGAAACUACAGCAUAUGAUAAUUUAGAAGUAGUAACGGAAAGUCGCGACGGAUAUACACAAAGUAAACCACUUUCAGAUACUACAGAAGCACAGAUUACAGUUAGCCAACAAAAAGAAAGCAGCACUGAAGUAUCGAAUAAAGCUACUACGGUACCUGAUUUUAUUAUAAGUACAGAAAAUUUAUUGACUAAGAUACCUGAACAUGAUGAACAACAUGGUAUUACAGAUAGUUCAGACAAAGAAACAAUUACGGAAGAUAUUUUAUUACAUAGCACUCCACAGAUUCCAGAAAAAAGUACACUAACAAUAGAAAAUUACACAGAACCUACUGGUACUGAGAAAGUAACAUUAAUCGUUGAAGAAGAGACCAAACCAAUAGUCACUGUAAAAGAAGUUGAACAACCUGAUAUUCACAGCACUGAACCAACCAUUGAAAAAGAAUCCUUUACAACAGAUGCAAUAUCAUACUUGAGUAGUGAAAAAGAAAAGAAAGUAACCGGGGUGCAUACACCUACUGAAUUUACGCCAACGACAAUAGCUGAAGCUCAAUCAAGCACACAAACAAGAUUAUCUGAUCAAUCUGAAGAAAAGGAAACUACUAAGCCAGGAAAUGAAUUUAGCGAGACAACACCUUUCCUUGUUGAACUUAAAGAACAUACACAUCAGGUAAUUGAUGAAAGCCCUGGACCAUCUACUGAAGAAAUAUUUACUACUGCACAGUAUGAAGUGCAGCACACAGAACGCGGUGAUCAAAAUCUUUAUGUAACUGAAAAAUAUGACGAUGAGUAUCAUACUUCCACACCUAUUCAAGUAACAGAACAUGAGCAUGAAGACAAAUUAUUUACAGAAGAUCAAAAGGAAGUAAAUAUGCCCAUUAUAACUUCAACAGUUCAAGAUCAAGAACAUCUUAAGGACAAUGAAAUGCCUACGACCCUAUCUACGUAUCCGGAAACAGAUUCGCAUGACCAAGAAAAGCAAUACACUACUAUAGCGCAAGAAGUAGCUUCAAUAACUUCCGAACCUCCACAAAUCCUAUCUGAAAAAGAACACUAUACAACUAUAUCCUCUGAAGAACAAAAAUUGGCAUCACCUGGUCCUGAAACAUCUGAAACUUCAACCGAAAAAGAAGUUGUCACAGAGACGCCAUUGCCAUCAGAAGCGUCAAUUAGAACUACUUUAUUAGACGAAGAUUUGUCAAAGGAAUCGGCUAAGCCUACAACAAGCAAGAUAAUGGAAGAAAUUACAACACCCUCGACGAUUACUGAAAAAUCUACUCAACUUGAAGAAAAGCCAAUAAGAACGACACCUCCUACGCAUACACAGGAAUUACCAAAGCCAGGAUUUGAAGACGAAAUCAACGAGGGUAUCCUUCCUUCACCUGAUUUUCCACCAAGUGGAGGUUAUGGACAAGAGCCGGACUACGUCGAGGAAGAUCAAGCAUUUGGUCCUGGAACUUGUCGGUACGGAGGCAAAGUAUACGUCUCAGCGCAACAGAUUCCUAGGGACGAUCCUUGUGAUUUUUGUUUCUGCUUUAGAAGUGACAUAAUUUGUCUACAACAAAGUUGCCCACCGCCUAUUCAUGGAUGCCACGAAGAACCCAUACAAGGCUUCUGCUGUCCAAGAUACGAAUGCCCUGUAUCUAUGGCUACUACGCUUAACGUUACGACAACGACUACUACUACUACUACAACGUUACCUCCACACUUCCUCCCUCACGCUUACAAAGGCGCAGCUCAAAGAAGAGGUUGUCAAAUAAAGGGUCAUACUUACAAAGUUGGAGAGGUUGUUAGAGCAUCAUCAGGACCAUGCUUACACUGCACAUGUGGUGGUGAUGGCCAAAUGAAAUGCGACCCGAAAGCAUGUACACCAGAACCGAUGCUAAGACAAAUGAUAGCAGCGGCGGUGUCAGCAAAGAGACGAAGGUGAAAUACUUCAGCGGUAUAAAUAGAAACAUGAAGUAUGUUAUCACUAGCGAACACCUAAUGUGAUAUAGAUUUUCAUGUAUUAUUUCAUGCACAAGAAUAAUGCUCAAAUUUCGCGAUGAAUUAGUUUAAGAUUUCGUGUCAUAUGUAGUAAUUGCUAUAAUAAUAUGUUUACUUUCAUUUUGUCGUAGCACACACCAUCCUUACUUUUGAUGAAACCAUGACUGUGAUUAAAAUAUACUUACAUAGGUAAUUAUGUAAUUUUUGAAAUCUCAAAUGUCAAUUUCGAGUCAUAAUAUUAUUUAGUAGAAAAUAUUUUAACAAAAGUCAGUGCCAAACAAUAUUACUAAGUUUGUAACAACUACGCCUUUAAGUUAAAAAUUCUAAAUUUAUAUAUAUAUUUUUUACUAUGGCCCGACCAGUCGAAGCCUUGCCUAUCAAAGUAAAAUUUGUUCGACUUAAAAGUAAGCUUCGAAGGUCAGCUUAGAUCGCCGAAAUCUUGACCAUUUUUACAUUAUAUAAACAAAAAAAAAUUACCGAUAUAAGUUUAGUCAAUUCUUUAUUUUUACACGAUGUUUUUUAUGCGGUCUAGUGUCGUGUAAAUGUAAAGUAAUUUAGGGAUCCCAGAAGAUGUUGUAAAUGCCUUACUUAAUUUGUAAUAAUUUAUAUAUUUUAGGUGUAUAGUACUUAAGCCAUGUUUCGAGACCAGUGACUACUUAUUAUAAUUUUAGGAGUAAAACGAGGCCCUUUACGCUGAUUUUGAAAAGUAGCAAUCGACGCAUUUAGCCUUGGCUGACACUUUUCUUCACUUUCAUGUCUUGCAGAAAGCGACACAGCGAUCUUGUUUUCUAUAAUUCGUGGAAUCUCACACUAGCACUUGCACCGUAAUGUGGCCGAGAAUACUGAUCGUUUUGUAAAGAAUUUUACAAUGUAGCUCAUUGAUAAAGCAUAUUGUAGGAUCUUUUGUAACUUUUGAUAUAAAAGUGCUGGUAAUUUAUAUUUGAAUCUCAGAUCGAGGCGGGUACGAAAGUUUCUCGACUAUUGUAAUUGUUAUUUACUUGGUAGUAAUUAGGCGGUUACAUUAAUUCGUACCGUCCUCCUUCUGAAUAAUGAGGUUGUAGUUAUAUCUCCUUAUUUAUUUAAAGUUAUAGUGUUAGGGAUACUAAUUAAAACGAAUUUUGUUUAUAACUGGUGAUAUAUGUAUGUUUCAAAAGUUGACUAUGGUUUAUUGCAGUUCAUUACGAAAUAUUAUGUCAAUUACAUAUUUUCAUUUUAUUGGACUAAUAUUUUACAGAACAUCCCUUAGCUAGGAUCUAGCUGCCUGUACAACUUCUGCAAACGAAUUUUAAAUAAAAUAUUUCAAACAA